GAACUCAGAGUCAGUCAGCUCAGUAAUUAAACAAUACACAAUUGAACAACACGCUAGUUAAACAUGGCAAAGAUAUUCCGCGGUCAAAUUUUACACACAAAAUCAUUAAAUGAAUUUGAAGUAUUCACAAAUGGAUUCAUUGCAAUUAACUCAAAUGGAAAAAUUAUCAGCUGUGGGAAUAACUAUGAAUCAUGGAGUGCAACACAAAAUAUCAACGAGUUUGAGAUAAUUUAUCUAACUCCAGAUCAGUUUCUAAUGCCUGGUUUUGUUGAUUGUCAUAUUCAUGCACCGCAGGUUGCUCAAAUAGGUCUGGGAUUGGAUAUGCCAUUGCUGGAUUGGCUAAAUACCUACACAUUUCCUCUAGAAACAAAAUUCGCUGACAAGGAAUUUGCACAAAAAGUAUAUAAACAAGUUGUGAAAACAACACUACGCUGUGGAACUACUUUGGCUUCAUAUUUCGGAACCAAUCACAAGGACAGUACUCUUAUUUUAGCAAAAGAAGCUUUACAACAAGGACAAAGAGCUCUAGUAGGAAAAGUUUGUUCAAAUUGUAACAUUCCCGAUUUUUAUAAGGAAACCUACGAAGAAUCGGUUAAAGAAACUGAAGCUUAUAUCGAUGGUUUUAAGUUACUUAAAACAAAUUUGGUGCAACCUAUCAUAACCCCACGAUUUGCAAUUAGUUGUGAUGAAAAACUACUUUCAGCCUUGGGAAAUAUAGCAAAUAAACAUGAUUUACAUAUUCAGACCCACAUAAGUGAAAGUGUUGCUGAAAUCGAAUUUGUUCGUGAGAUUUUUUCAAAAGGUUAUGCUGAAGUUUACGAUAGUGCUAAGUUGCUCACAAAUAAGACAGUCUUAGCCCAUGCAGUUCACUUAGAAGAUGAUGAAAUCAAGCUUAUCAGUUCCCGAGGAUCUUCUGUGGCUCAUUGUCCUGCUUCAAAUACAAUGCUGUCAUCCGGUCUUUGUGAUGUUUUGAGAAUUUUGAAACAAGGAGUCAAAGUUGGACUCGGAACAGAUGUUUCCGCUGGUAAUUCAAUGUCAAUUCAAGAUGCAAUUUUACGCGCCAUGGAUGUGUCUCACCAUCUCGAGUUUGUUAAAAAACAGCACAUUAAAGGUUGUCCAAAACCACAAGGAGACCCUUCGACGGUUGACUAUAAACCUCUUGACUAUAAACAAGCUAUAUAUCUUGCAACUUUGGGUGGAGCUCAAGCACUUGCUUUGGAUCAUGUUACAGGAAAUUUUGAAGCGGAGAAAGAAUUCGAUGCGAUACUUAUCGAUACAACUCAAUAUCCAUUGCACAAUUUUGAUUCAUACAAAACAUGGAACGAAGAUAAAUCUAAAGAGAUGAAACUUUUGGAAUUAGUACAAAAAUUCAUUUACGUUGGCGAUGAGAGAAAUAUUGCUAAAGUUUUCGUUGCUGGUGUUCAAGUAAAGGUUUAGAU